AUGACCUUUUUUUUAGUACUUAAUGCUUUAUUUAUUUAUUUCCGUAGGUAUCAGCAUGGAGCCAUCAUGAAGGUUUCAAUGAAGAAUUUUGUAACAUACGAAUCCUGCUCGUUCUCGCCAGGGCCAAAUUUGAACAUGAUCAUCGGACCAAAUGGCACAGGAAAGAGUACUAUUGUGUGUGCAUUGGCGUUAGGACUCGGCUGGAAUACCAACCUGUUGGGUAGAGCAAAGGACAUUUCAGAAUUCGUUAAGCAUGGAUAUGACAAGGGCUGGAUUGAGAUUGUUCUUUGUAACAGAAAUGGUUCAAAUGUCGCUAUCAAGCGCCACAUCAACAAAAAUAACAACACAAGCGUGUGGAAAAUUAACGGAGAGAACAAGACACAGAAAGAUGUCAUGAAAAAGGUUCAAUCAUUUGAUAUCCAAGUCGAUAAUCUCUGUCAAUUUCUUCCGCAGGAUAGGGUCUCAGAGUUUGCGCAGAUGACACCGCAGGAACUUUUAAAGGAAACGCAGCGGGCUGUAGGAGGCGAAGAGUCACUUCAGGCUCACCAAAAGAUGAUUGAAUUAUGGAAUGAACACAAAGCCAUCACUGCAUCCAUGAAGGGCGACCUCGAGUCCAUUGAGACAAAUGAAAAGCGUAACGCUGUCAUUGAGAAAGAUGUUAUGCGAUUCCAGCAACGUGAAGCAGUAUUACGAAAAGUGCGAUUGCUGGAGAUCUGGAUUCAGUAUGCUCAAUAUGGCGUUGCAAAAGAGCAGUAUAAUCAAGUUAAAGAGGAGCGUCGAGUUUGUUUUGCAAUGUUCAAGCAACUUCAAGCAGAAGUCGAGCCAUUGACAGCCAAGCGCAGCACAAUGGAGGCGAAUGAAAAGGAUUUUGCGAACCAAAGGAAUGUUUUAGACAAAAAAUAUCAGCAAUCUGUCCAGACAAUGAGAUCUCGUGAACAAGCGAUCGAAGCAACAGAAGGUGACGGAGAAGAGCUCAGGAAGGAUCUAGACAGACUUCACGCCAAAGUUCAACAGCGACAAGCAGCGAUCAACUCCCUUAGGCGCAAAAUUGCUGCUCAGCAAGAGCUGCUGGACGGCGCUCAGUCAGAAGAAGAGAUCAACAAAGAGAAGGAUGAGCUCCAAGACAAGUUGGUAUAUAGGAUCGAAGUUUUGCAGGCACAGCAGACGGAAAUAAUAGAGCAAAGCAAGAGCUUGAAUGCACGAAUGGUCGAGAGUCGAAAGCGCUUGGAUGCCUUGGAUGAUAUCAGGAACAGAAGGCUACAGACGCUGCGGAACCAGGAUAGCGAUGUCUUCGAUGCCGUCCUCUGGCUGCGAGACAAUCGUCAGCUGUUCCAGAAACAUGUAUUUGAGCCUGUUUGUCUUGAAGUCAAUAUUAAAAAUAUGAAGCAUGUUAAUGCUAUCGAGAGCGCCCUUAGGAAUCAUCUAAAGACCUUUAUUUGCCAGACAAGAGAGGAUUACAAUAUCUUUGCACGCGAAAUCCUAGACAAAAGAAGACUCCGUGUCAAUGUGAUAGCACCAACGGCAAAAGAAUUAGAUAUCAAUAAUUAUUCUCCCCCAGUUCCAAACAACCAGCUGAGACACUUUGGAUUCGACUGUUACAUGCUGGACUCUCUCGAUGGACCGCCAGCACUUCUAGCAUCUCUGUGCUCCAAGGCUGGAAUCCACUCUAUCCCUGUCUCAGAGAGUUCAAAUGUGGAUUUCAAGGCUAUACGUGACAGCAAAAAGUUCAAGCGAUAUGCCACAUCAACUACAGUAUUUACAAUCACUUAUUCGAGACACACUGGCGAAGCAAUGGAGACAGCUACACAACUUCGACCCGCUCAAAUUUUCACCGCAUCAGUUGAUCAUGAAGAGCGUGCAAGGUUGAUUCGCGAUGUGGAUGAUAUUCGAUCGCGUUUGGAACAAAGUGAGGGCAGGAUUCGUGAUUUGACUGCUGAAGAAAAUGUGCUGCGCAAGAAGCAUCAGGAGUAUGUGGCCAAAAAGGAAGUUUUAAGCAACAGACGCAAAGAUUUAAUGCUGGUUCUGAAACGAAACGAAAAGCAGAGGAUCGAUAUGGGAAAUCUAACAAAUGAAUUGAAUCGAAAGAUGAAUGAGCCUUCGUCUGAUCAGGAGGAGGAAAGAAUCCGCCAGGAGCUACGUAAAAAGGCCAAGAAGCGCUGUUCACUGACCCUAGAGUACUUGGAGCUCGCAAAAGAAAGCCAGCAGCUGUUCUCUAAACUCACAAUCGCAACAUUAAACCGUCUGCAAGCUCACGCGGAACUUCAAGCAGUAGAGGCAGAGUGUACAGAAAAAGCACGGCAGCUGAAAGAGAUGGAGGAUCGAUAUACUUUAGCAAAUCGUGAGUAUGAUGAAGUAAAGAUCCGAGCAAAAGCCAUAUUGGAUGCCGCCAAAGAAGAAUAUAAUAAGCUUACAAUGGAAGAAGCUGCAGAGUUUCAAACGCUUGAAGACAUGCUCGCUGGCGAGCAAGCCAAGGCAGCUCUUAAUUAUACUCCCAAUCAAUCCAUUAUUGAUAAAUAUGAGCAGCGUCAAGCAGAAAUCAAGACUGCUAAAGAUAAAGUCGAAGUCAAGAACAAAAAACUCAACAAGAUUGCAGCUGAUAUUGAAGCGAUUCGUGGGCCUUGGUACGCGAAGCUUACAGAGACAGUGAGAAAAAUCAGUGAGGGAUUUUCUAAAUCAUUUGAACAGAUUGGGUGUGCUGGAGAAGUCAAGUUGGGUGAACAUGAGGACUAUGACAAGUGGUGUAUCGAAAUUUUAGUGAAAUUCAGAGAUGCAGAAAAACUGCAGAAACUUACAGGGCAACGUCAAUCCGGAGGAGAACGCUCAGUGUCUACGAUCAUGUACCUGAUGGCUCUUCAAUCCCUCUCUAAAGUCUCGUUCCGCGUAGUGGACGAGAUUAACCAGGGUAUGGAUCCUCGUAACGAACGUCUGGUGCAUUCACAAUUGGUCGAGAAGGCGUGUGCAUCUGGAACGGCGCAGUAUUUCUUAAUCACUCCUAAACUGUUACCCAAUUUGGACUAUCAUGAACGCAUGAAAGUACUCUGUAUCUAUAAUGGAGAGUGGUUGGAUGAAGGCGUGACGAAAUGGAACCUUUUCAUAGAGAAUCAGCUACGGAGUAAAGCACGUAGGCAAUAUUAG